UUGGGUAUUUAAUGGAAUGAGUCAGAGUACGAAAUUUCAAAUCUCUCUUGGCAAUAGUUUCGAUAUGUUGUUCAAAUUUUUAGCUCCAUUCUUUCUAGUGGGUUGCUGUAUUGCUGCCUCAAACGAAUUCACAGAUCUGUUGAAAAAUAUAACUACACAAGACCAAUUACAUUUUGUUCAGUAUCACGUGGCUAAGGGAUAUUUUGUAGCGAACAAUUUUUCUACGGAAGGUUUUGAAAAUGGUUUUCCCGAUGAUUACAGCAAAGGUAUGUUCGAGGCUUUCCUCGAAAUCUCGAAGGACCAAAACAAAUCGUACGGAACGACGAUGCGACUGGCAACAACAAAAUUAGGUUCGCAAAUUUGCGGGCCACAUGGUCCCUGCUUUGAUCCUGACGAUGCCGGAACGCAUCCCUAAGGACUUACUUCGAAAAUUGUAAAAAUUUGAAUAAAAGGUUUUAUUUAU